AUGGAUAUUCUACGCAAGUCCUACGAAUACGGCAGGUCGCCUCUCACCUCUUCAUCACUCACUAGUCCAUUCAAUACGUUCUUGUUCGGUGGCAACAUCUCCCGCUCGCUCUCACCACUGCUACAUGGAAUUCUUUUUCGAUCAGCGAAUGCAUCAUGGACCUACCAUCUCGCUCAAACGACCGAAAAAACCGACUUUCUUGCAAAACUCGCUGACCCAAAUUCCAUCGGUGCAUCCAUUACCAUGCCUAACAAGGUCACGUUCGGGCCGAUUCUUGAUGAUUUGACUGAGGAGGCAAGAGGAAUUGGCGCCGUGAAUACUGCUUUCAUUCGUCUUGAUUUUAGUGGAAAACGUCGAUGGAUUGGUACCAACACUGAUUGUGUCGGAAUUCGCGAAGCCAUUCUUCAACGUGAUCCUCAGGCCACUUCUACGGCAAAGGGGAAGCCUGCCAUGGUCAUUGGAGGGGGUGGCGCGGCACGAAGUGCAAUCUAUGCACUGUGGAAAUGGUUCUCCCCCUCUGAGAUCUACAUUACCAAUCGAUUGGAGUUCGAGGUUGAUGACAUUAUCAGGCAUUUUUUGAUAACAAUGCCGGGUAUCAAGCUUCGAUACAUCCCAGAUGUACAGACAGCGAGAAGUCUCCCUUCUCCGUCAAUAAUUAUUGGAACCAUUCCCGAUUAUCCACCAACUGAGCCGGGAGAAGUGCUUUGUUGGAAAAUAUGUGAGGUCGUCUUGGGAAAAUCUAGAAAGGGGUUGGUGGUGGAUAUGUGUUAUAUGCCAUCGACUGAGACCCGACUUGUAUGUACUGCGAGAAAAGAUGGGUGGGCGGUCAUUCGGGGUACAGAGGUUCUUGUACGAGUAUGUGUUGCUCAGCAGACUCUGUGGCUGGAAAGGGAAUCGAAUGACAAGGGGGUGGAAGAGGCUAUGGCAUCUAUUGCUAUGCCAGAUAUCAAUGUUAAGCUGUAA